AUGAAGUAUGCCCCAUUGCCGCCCGUUUUCGAAUCCACAACGGUACCUCCGGCGGUUGUGGCCAACUCUCACCAAGGAUCAACAAUUUCGGAAGCUUCUCUUUUAUCCGUGUCAGGGGCGAAUGGAUUGCAUCUGGAGAGGGAUGAGGUCUCUUCGAUCCUUCCACCCGUGGGUAAUGUAGAUUCUCGGGGUCUUGGGUGUCGCGCCAGCGCUCACGUCUUAGCGCGGGGUAGUCUCGAGCGGGGUGGUAUUGGACCGGGCUCGAACAACGAACCCAACACAGGUUUCCCGUGCAUGCCACCACUUGAAAACCUAUGCAACGGCGCACGGAAUUCACAGUGCACAUCGGAGCCGACAAUAUCAGUGGAAGUUUCGGCUGAAGCUCUCAAAUUGAGUCCUAAUAGUGACAAGGAGCUUGUUAGAGAUAACCUCUCAACUACUAUGCACACAAGUUGUAGUAACCUCGAUAAUCCAACUUUUUCUAAUGUACUGCGAGGUGGCGAUUUUCAAACGGACCGAAAAGAUCUUAGGAAUGAUCAGGUUGUUGUUCUGUCAUUAGGCCCUAUCUUCCCAAUUGCCAACCUGCAUGGAACGUAA